AAUUAUAUAGCUGCAGGCGAAGUUUUGCUCGUCUGAUAUGGUUGGCGGAAAAUGACACGCCAAAUCAGCGACUUGCGUGUCCAUAGAGCUCUAUGCGGUAUUCUAUAUAACUUUUCCAGGGAAAAAACUACAGAACAUGCAUCCAAAAUAGUGACACACAACUCGUGGAGAAGGCUAUACUCAUCAUCAACUCCCGACGAUGGCUCCAACGUCGACUUUGGCUUCCGGCAAGUGCCCCGGGACGCCAAAGCCGGUCUCGUGGGACAAGUCUUCAGCAGCGUCGCAUCGUCGUACGACGUUAUGAACGACCUUAUGAGCGGCGGGUUGCACCGGCUGUGGAAGGACAGGUUGGUGGAGGCUCUCCGUCCUUUCCCCGGCCAGGAGCAUCUGGAUGUGGCCGGGGGUACGGGUGACGUGGCCUUCCGGGUGCUUCGGGCGACCAGCGGUAGCGGCAGUAGCCGUCCCCCUCCUGGUGCAGCGGGGGGUUCAUCCGCCUCAGACCCUCCGCUGGUCCCCGGCCGUGUGGUGGUGUGCGACAUUAAUCCGGACAUGCUGCGCGUGGGGCAGCAGAAGGCGGCGGCGGAGCCGGACCUGGCAUGCGAUUCCGGGUUAUCCUUUGUGGAGGGCAAUGCGGAGCAGCUGCCCUUCCCCGACAGCUCCUUCGACAGCUACACCAUCGCCUUCGGGAUACGCAACGUGACGGACCGACCCGCGGCACUGAGGGAGGCGCUGCGGGUGCUCAAGAGGGGGGGGAGGUGCGUGUGUGUGUGUGUGUGUUAUAUUAUUAAUUAUAUAUUAUGUAGUGUGUAUGACUUAGAUUACACUGUGGGCCGCGAGAGCCGGGGGCCGAAGCCGAAACACAGCGCAAGGGUCGGGAGCACACAGCACAAACAACCCCCCUGCCGGCCCCAGGAGACGUUUGCUCGGAUGGUGGAGGAUGCGGGUUUCAGAGCGGUGACGUACGAGAACCUCACCAGCGGGGUGGUUGCCGUACACUCGGGUUUCAAGCUAUGAGACCAUUUCCUGCGUUAAGGCGUCAUCAUUAUUAUCAUCACCAUCAUCAUCAGCAGUAGGAGCAGCAGCAGUAGGAGCAGCUGCAGUAGCUGCAGCAGUAGCAGCAGCAUCUGGUGGUGAUGGUGGUGUGUCGGGGGAUUCGCGGGGUAUGAGUUGGUUUGGCUGCUUGGGUGGAAUACCACAGUGCCGUACUACUACAUCCUGUACAUCCACUCCUCCUUUGGACGGUAAAUAAAUUAUUUACGGACGGAAAGGGUCCAUCGGUGCCGAUGGUGCCGAUGUUUCUGACUGGGAGCAGCUGCGUGCAUGUGUGUGUAUGUCUGUAAUUAAGUAGGUGAUGGUGUACAGCAGUCUGAGUGCUGGGGGGUUAGCUCAGAGGAUUGGAGCAUCGCGCGGAGGGUGUAAGGGGGUAUUUUACCGCGCGACGCUCGUAAUGGCUGUAAGGCUGUAAUGGCGAGGACAGG